AGCGGCAGCGCGGAGGUGCAGAUUGCGCGGCUGUCUGCCCGCGUGCUCCAGCUGACGGAGCACCUGGCGGAGCACAAGAAGGACUUCUCCACGCGCCGCGGCCUGCUCACCGUGCUCAGCAAGCGCAAGCAGAUGCUGCUUUACCUGCAGCGCACCGACCGGCCCAAGUAUGAGCAGCUACUGGCAGAGCUCAACAUCCGCCCUCUGAAGAAC